AGACAGGAACUUAUACAAUCUCAUAUAUUGCACAAAUAAAGGACAAAGGACAGAUCUUAGAAGAAGUCUGAGGAAACAAGUACUCAGCUGGAGGGUUGUCGACAAGGUGUAUACAGAAGACGCAGUGAACCAUGUCUGGGGCCAUCAGCUUCUUGAUGGUGUUUUUACUUGGGAACACAGCUAUGAUGAAUACAGAAGUAUAUAUACCUACUCUACGCUUGGAACCAGAGGAGACGGUGUACAUUGUAGGAGAAUCUUUAUCACUGAGAUGUGUUGCUGACAUGCCAACAAGUGUCUCUGGGUUCAGCUUCUUCAAAGAUGCAGCAGUGAUAGCUAACAAUUCUGUCUCAAAUCGACUGACCAUACCAUCUCUGUCUACAAUGGAUUCUGGAAAUUAUAUCUGCACCUACUACCAAGAAACUACAGGCACACAACAAGAAAGCAACUUCAUAGACCUUAAAGUGUUUGAACGCCCAACUGCUCCAAUAUUGACGGUUGAACCCAAGAAGAAUGUCUUUGUUGUAAAUGAAUCAGUGGUAAUACGCUGUAACCUACCAAGAGGGCAAAGUGCCACAGGAGUCAGCCUGUAUCAAGAUGAGAGAAUACUCUCUGAGGCAGAUGAUUUCGGAGUUUUAUCUCUUGCAAAAACUGAAAGGAGACACACUGGAAAGUAUACCUGUGACUAUGAGACUGUUAUAUCAGGACGUACACUGACAUCUCAUGUCAGCAACCAAGAGACUUUGGUAGUGAUAGAUCUGCCUCCAACUCCAAUUUUACGGUAUGCGAACAACCAGAAACAGACUGGACAAGUAGAGAUUGUAUGUGAGAUACCAAAUCCUCCAUCCUCCUUCCUAAUCCAGGGAUAUCGUUUGUAUCGAAAUGGAGGGGAAAUUUCAAGUAAUAAAGCUAAUCAGUUUGUCAUCAAUUACCAUCUGGAAUUCGAUGGAUGCUACUUCUGCCGAAGCUUUGUGAAUGUUUUAGGGGAGGAGAUCCUAUCACAUAAGAGUGCUGAGGUCUUCUUGCCAAUAGAAGGAAGUAACACAAAAAGCUGCCAGAAUCCAAAUUCAAAAACACUUAAACCUACUCUACGUUUGGAGCCGGAGAAGACGGUGUACAUUGUAGGAGAGUCUUUAUCAAUGAGAUGUGUUGCUGACACGCCAACAAGUAUCUCUGGGUACAGCUUCUUCAAAGAUACAACAUUGAUAGCCAACAAUUCUGUCUCAAAUCGACUGAACAAACCAUCUCUGUUUAAAACGGAUGCUGGAAAUUAUUUCUGCACCUACUACCAAGAAACUACAGGCACACAACAAGAAAGCAACUACAUAGACCUUAAAGUGUUUGAACGCCCAGCUUCUCCAAUAUUAGUGGUUGAACCCAAGAGGAAUGUCUUUGUUGUAAAUGAAUCAUUGGUAAUACGCUGUCUCUUACCAAGAGGACAAAGUGCCGAGGGAAUCGCCCUCUACCAAGAUGGGAGAAUACUCUAUGAGGCAGAUAAUUUUGGAGUUUUAUCUCUUGCAAAUACUGAAAGGAGACACACUGGAAUGUAUAGCUGUGACUAUAAGACUGUUAUAUCAGGACGUACACUGACAUCUCAUGUCAGCAACCAAGAGACUUUGCUUGUGAUAGAUCUGCCUCCUACUCCAAUUUUGAGGUAUGCGAAGAACCUCCAGAAUCAAAACAGUCAAGUAGAGAUUGUGUGUGAGAUACCAAAUCCUCCCUUCUCCUCCCUAAUCGAUGGAUAUCAUUUGUAUCGAAAUGGAGGGGAAAUUUCAAGCAAUCAAGCAAAUCAGUUUGUCAUUAACUACAAUCUGGAAUUUGAUGGAUGCUACUUCUGCCGAAGUUUUGUGAAUGUAUUAGGAGAGGAGAUCUUAUCACUUAAGAGUGUGGAGGUCUUCUUGACAUUAGAAGGAAGUAACACAAGAAGCUGUCUGAUGCAAAAUUCUGAAAAUGGCCAUGGACUCUAAAAACAAGAAUCAAAAAAUCUGAGACAGAAGAUCAAUCAAUCCACAGAUUUUAAACAUUAAUCUAAAACAUCAAAUUUUAAUUUUUUUUGUUCUUGUUUUUUCUGUAUGUUUGCAAGAUUAUUCAAGAAUAAACAUAUUUCAUUUAAUUAAAUUUCAUGUAUUUAAUGUGGUAGCCAUACUAUGCUUAGAAAUAUUAUUUAUCCUAUUGAUUCACAAAAAAUGAAUAACAAAUUGUUCGGUACUGCUACUGUUACAUAGUUACAUCGUUGAUUAGGCUGAAAACAAGGCCCAGGUCCAAGUCUAUCUUCUAACCCUAACGUAUUGAUUUGAUAUGUAGAAAAAUCCUUCAGCGCUUAUUAAAAACAAUUUUUCGUAUAAUUUUUUAUUCACCUUUACUUUUUAUCUACUGUGUUGAUCCAGAGGAAGGCAACAUACCCUAUGAGGUGGAUAUUAUUCCGUCCCAAAUAUGGCAAUUAGAAUAAAUCCCUGGUGGCUGAUGUAUUUGCCUAUGUGUCUGCUAUAUUGUUUAAAAAUGUUAUUACAUGUUGCUUUUUCAUAAUUUUUUUACGGAAUCAAAAAAUCUGAGACAGAAGAUCACUCAAUCUACAGAUUUUGAACAUUAAUCUAAAACAUAAAAUUUUACUUUUGUUUUAGUUUUUGUGUUUUCUGUAUGUUUGCAAGAUUAUUCAAGAAUAAACAUAUUUCAUUUAA